CUGUACCCGCCUGGCUGUGGGUCUCUGCUUGGCUCUCUCCCUCUUUCCCGGUCUGUCUUUUCUCUAACUCUUUCUGUCUCUGUCUUCCCCUACCUCUGUCUCUAUUUUUUUUUUUUCCUGUGACACUCUCCUGGAAACGCUUCCAACGCUGAAGUGGCCGGAUUUCAAGUGACAAACAGCACUACACCCAGAAUCCACCCCCACCCCCCAACCCGGCUGCUUCCUCCUCCACAUCUCGGAAAGAGAAGCUAUUGUGUCGGCCGGGAGUUGAGUGGAAGGGCCUGGGGGCCUGAGCUCUUGACUGCUCUGAGCCACUUCCCCAUUGGCUCCCAGCAGCCUGUGCUCAGCGAGGACUGAGCGACAGGGGGAGGCUCUAGUCCAUAAAAGGGGGGGACGAGGCACCAGACUGCCAUUGGAAGGGGCUCACAGCUGCCUCCUUGGCACCUCUGAGGUAGAGUCCGGACAGCCCCUGAAUCUGGGACCAGCCACCUGCCACCACCACACCACCUGCUGCCCCAGAAGCCGCCCAGGAACAAAGCAGCACACAGGACUUGUUGCUUUCAUGUAAAUUACAGCCGGAGGCAGCUGAGUUAGGCAGGGGCGGUAGCUCCAAAAUCAAAGCCACUUGCUCUCUGGUGAAGAUACCCACAUUCAAAGGAAGUCCUAUAGAAUCUGGAAGUUGGACUCUGGCAAAGAGCGGUCAUUCACCUCCCGGCUUUGAGAUCUGCGUGGGGAGCUCCUGCAGCAGCCCCAGCCGGCAGGAAGAGACACAAGAGAAUGGGGUGGCCAGAGUUGGUGAUGGCCGCGUGCCUCCUCGCUCUCCCCUCUGCCGCGGCAGACUGCCUGUCCCACUGCGCCUGGUGUGCCGUGAAGACCCAGGAUGGACCCAAACCCGUCAACCCCCUGGUUUGCUCUCUGGAAUGCCAGGACGCCCUGCUGCCCUCGGAGGAGUGGGGGAGAUGUCAGGGCUUCCUGUCUUCUCUCAACCCGUCCACCCUUGGGCUUGCGGGCCAGGAGGAUCUGGAGGGCCAGGCAGCCUUGGAAGAGGCCUACAGCGAGCUGGCCAAGCUCCUGGGGCCCUUCCUGAAGGAGGCGGAGAGAAGCCAACUUCUCCCUGGCACCCUGACCAAGGAGACGCUCAGGGGUUUCCCUGGUGGGUUUGGGGACGGAGCGGAAUCCGAGCUGCCCGGGGGAGCCCAGCCCAACAACGGCGCCCUGGAGGCUGCUGCGCUGGACAUGGAUGAGGAGGAAGCCAAGGUCAAGCGCUAUGGGGGCUUUCUACGCAAAUACCCCAAGAGGAGCUCCGAGGUGGCCGGGGAGGGGGACGGCGACGGGGGAAGGGCGGGCCACGAGGACUUGUACAAACGCUACGGGGGCUUCUUGCGGCGCAUCCGUCCCAAGCUCAAGUGGGAUAACCAGAAGCGUUAUGGCGGUUUCCUCCGGCGCCAGUUCAAGGUGGUGACUCGGUCCCAGGAAGACCCCUAUGCCUACUCGGCCGAGCUCUCCGAUGCGUAAGCCCCUCCCUGUGCAGUCGAGUCGGAGCUUCCCCGCCACCUUCCCGCCCUGAGCGCAAGCGCUCCUCCUCCCCGCGCACCCGCCCUCGUGCUCAGCUCAGCACUGGCUACAAAGUCUCCAAGCGCAGCCUUCCUCCCUUCGGCCGGGGACUGUGGGAGUUGCUUGGGGUCAGUGACGAGAAAAAAAUGGAGAUCCCCCUUCCAACAGUGCUUGGCUCAGACCCCUCGACCUUUACAACCACCAGCAGCUUUUGAUAUUCCUCCACCCCAAUCUUAUGACCCCCACCCCCAACUCCAGGAAUCCAGAGGGACUUGUUCUUUGGAUCUAUGAUCUCCAGACUUUCCUGAUUACAUGCCCCUCUCGGAAAACAACAACAAGAAAAAUCCAAAAGCAUGCCCCCCAGGCAGGCAGUAUACAUAUGUACCAUAAAAUAAGCAAAGGGAAAAAAAAUAAAUAGAAAUCCUAGCCUUGUAUGCUCAAACCUCAAAUAAUCUCCUUGCGCACCUCACCUUGGAGACUGAGCAUUAGGUGAAAAGAUUAAACGUUUUGCCUUUCAUUGGAUCAGGAAUUCUGCCACGGGGGAGUCCAGUCUUUUAGAGGGUUCAAUGUCUGAUUUGCAUCUUCUGAGCCCUUGUGAUUUGGAAAGGCAUCUCUCUGGGAGCUGAGCUCCCGGAAGUCCCAUUCAUGUGGUACCUUGGCUAGAUCUGUUCUCCUUCUGAAUUCUUAAAUGAUCAAGGAGGGAGCAGAGCAAACCAAUUUGUUCUGUGCAACAAAUUCAGAAUGUGGACCGGUUCCCUCAGCUCUCAUUAAGCUAAUUAAACCGGUUGGUAUCCCACCCCUUCCCCCAUGAUGAACUGAAGCAGAGUCAAGUGGAUGAGGUUAAGCACAGCCAUGUUCUUGAGCAGAUGAAUUGGCUGCCAGGAGUCCAAGCCAUCUGGCCCAGCGUAUGCAUCGGGCAUUGGAUGAGGGAGUCCAGAGUUAGAGCCUGGAAAGAGAAAGCCCUUCUCCACUCCCUGGGUGAUUCCUUCCUCUGUGUCUCCAAAUAAAACCAGAAAGAGGAAAGACAUGAUGGGGUGUUUGAGGCCAAAUGAGUUCCCUUGAUUCAAAUAACCCAGAAUCAGAGGCAGAGACUUCCUGGUGCUUGGGUUUCAGUCCCCCCACUCUCUCUCCCUGACACUAGGUUUGGGUUGUGGGUCCAGGAGAUGCUGCUGGACAGGAGAGAAAACAGAUUCAAGCUUGGGUCAUUUGUACAAGAUGCUUCUGAGCAGACCUCUUCAUGCACAGCCUCUGGGGCUCUCACGGUGUUUGGAAUGUACAGAUUGUUUUUUUGGGUUACUUUGUGUGCUUUUUAAAAGUCCCAUUUAUGCAAUUUACUUGGAAUUUGCUUUGCCUUUAAUAGGCCUGUGUAAUUUCCUUCUCCUCCAGUACAAUAAAUAAUAGAUGCUAAUGA